AUGGCCAACGCAUUCGAAAUUCUAAGUAAUCUUCGAGAUAGUCUUCCAGCAGAUACCCCCGAAAAUCAGAAUGAGAGAGAAAAGUCACUCCGUGAAGUGAGAAAUGUAUCCCUGUCAUUAGAGAGACAAGACAAUGCCGUCGAAAAAGAUUUGCUUCCAGUUGCUGCUGAUCUUGGCAUAUUUGAGCUAUUGGAGAACACGUCGUCUAAAACUGCGGCUGAUAUUACCGAAAGAACACCCGGCGCCGAUCUAACUCUCAUUUGCCGAGUUUUGCGAUGUCUCGAGUCGUUUGGAGCUAUCGGUGGAAAUAUUUCAGCUGGUUAUACGUCAAGCACUGUUUCAAAGGCAUCUCCCGGUUGGUUGCUCAUACCUCAGUUCUUGAAAGACAAGCAGUAUCCAAAUCCUACAAGUAGUACAGAUACGCCAUUCGCGAAAGCUUAUGGUUUCAAAGAUGGUGCGACUAUAUGGCAAAUCUUAGAAACUACUGAUCAUAUGCCAGUUAUAGGACUUUUGAUGCAAAGUUUCAAUGAUGGUCACAAGAACUUUCUCGACAUGUAUCCAGCUAUGGAUCGACUUGCAGCCGGUGCAUUAAUCGAUUCCGAAGCGGUUAUGAUGGUUGAUGUCGGAGGAGGGCAGGGCCAUCAAGCCAUUGCUAUGAAGAGAAAGUUUCCCGAUCUCCCGGGAAGAUAUAUUGUAACCGAUCUUGCUCACGGACUACCUGUAAACAGAGAUGACACUACAGGAGUGGAAUUCUUGGUCCAUGAUUUCAUGACCGAAUUGCCUAUUAAAGGUGCUCGACUCUACUAUCUCAGACAUAUAUCCCAUGACUGGCCACAAGCCGUCCUGAUCCAAAUUCUGAAUUACAUCCGUAGACCCAUGAAAACAGGUUAUUCCAAGAUGAUCAUCAACGACUGGAUGGUUCCAGCAGAAGGGGCAUCAAAAUAUAUGAUGGCUCAAGACUUUAACAUGAUGGCUGUUGGAGGAGGGAUGGAACGUACACAAGCUUUGCAUGAGGAAUACAUUGCUGCCGCGGGGUUGAAGAUCAGUGGAAUCUGGAAGGCAAAUGAUGAUAUCAGCGAGAAUUUCAUUGAGUGUGAGAUUGCCUAA